CCGAUUCACGUGACGAUUGAGGCGAGUCGGGAUUUUUUUGAAGUCCCUCGAAUCAGCCCCUGCAUCGAAGAAACAGGGCCGAUCGGAUUUGAAUCGGCCGAUUUAGAUCGAUUCUGGCCAAUUUUCCCAACGCCUCUCCAAGGUUCCAUUGGCAAGGACCCGACAUUUGAAGGCUGCCACUCCGGCCACUAGAGGGCGAGGGAGAGCAGUGUGGGAGAGAGCGAGAGAAUGGAAGAGGUGAAGUCAGCUAUCGAGGGUCAGUUGGACUUUCUUUCAGAUCUGUUUGACAAGGUGAGGGACGAGAUCCGAAGCGGAAGCCAACCCGCCAUUGACAACUUCGUCGGCUUCUUCCACGCCAUCGAUUGGAAGGAGCCAUGGUUGAUAUCGUUGCUGAUUUUUCAUGUGAUUCUUGUGGUGGUGGCUAUCGCCUCCAGGAAGCAUAGCAACUUUCAGAUGAUCUUGUUUCUUCUAGCACUUGGUGGUGUAUAUUUGGCUGAAAAUAUUAAUCAUCUACUUGGAAGCAAUUGGAGAAAGUUUGCUGGACAGAAUUAUUUUGAUCCAAAUGGUCUUUUCCUUUCAGUACUUUGGUCUGGCCCUCUUCUGAUCAUUGCAAUUAUCAUACUUGUCAAUACACUGUUCAAUCUGUGCUAUUUAAUUGUACGGUGGAAAAAAGCAGAGCUGAAGCACCGAGCUCGCCUCAAUCGUGACAAGCAGGAAUAAAUUUUUUUGCUACUUACAUUGUCAUAUCAAAGCCAGAGGUCUUGGAGAAACAAAUGGAUCCAAUAGUCCUAGAUGUUGUGCAAUCUUUUGAUUGGAUGUGCUGUACUCUUUCAUCAGGAGUGCAUCUCACACUUUGGGGCCGGUCUUAACUUUUGGUGAUCAGUUAGUAUGACAGAUUUGUUUUGUACAAGAGGGUCUGCAUGUUGGUGACUAAUCCAUCUUGUUUCUGUAUCAUAGCUCAUACAUGAUAUUGUAGAACAAACUGUGGUUUAGAUGUUUAUGUUUAAUAUUUUUAGACAA